AUGCUAGCAGAGGUGGAGGCCGAGACACUUAGCGACACACUGGGCGAUGUGGAGGCUGAAACGCUGGUGGACACACUAACUGACACGAUGGCAGAGGUGGAGGCCGACAAACUUGGCGACACACUGAGCGAUGUCGAGACCGAAGCACUGGUCGACACACUGGCUGAAACGCUAGCAGAGGUGAGGGCCGACAAACUUUGCGAAGCACUGGGCGAUGUGGAGGCUGAAAGGCUGAUGGACACACUGGCAGACACGCUGGCAGAGGUGGAGGCCGAGAAACUUGGCGACACACUGGGCGAUGUGGAGGCUGAAACGCUGGUGGACACACUGGCUGACACGCUGGCAGAAUUGUAGGCCGAGACACUUGGCGACCCACUGGGCGAUGUCGAGCCUGAAGCACUGGUCGACACACUAGCUGACACACUAGCAGAGGUGGAGGCCGAGACACUUAGCGACAAACUGGGCGAGGUCGAGACUGAAGAACUGGUGGACACACUGGCUGACACGCUAGCAGAGGAGGAGGCCGAGACACUUGGCGACACACUAGGAGAUCUCGAGAACGAAGCACUGAUCGACACAUAUGGUGACAAGCUUACAGAGGUGGAGGCUGAGACACUUGGCGACAAACUCGGCGAUGUCAAGACCGAGGCACUGGUCGACACACUGGCUGACACGCUAGCAGAGAUGGAGGCCGAGACACUUGGCAACACACUGGGCGAAGUCGAGACCGAAGCACUGGUCGACACACUCGCUGACACGCUAGCAGAGGUGGAGGCCGAGUAACUUGGCAAAACACUGGGCGAUGUCGAGACCGAAGCACUGGUCGACACACUGGCUGACAGGCUAGCAGAGGUGGAGGCCGAGACACUUGGCGACACAUUGAGCGAUGUCGAGACCGAAACACUGGUCGACACACUGGCUGACACGCUAGAUGAGGUAGAGACCGACAAACUUUGCGACACACUGGGCGAUGUCGAGACCGAAGCACUGGUCGACACACUGGCUGACACGGUAGCAGAGGUGGAGGCCGAGAAAAAUGGCAACACACUGAACGACGUGGAGGCUGAAACGCUGGUGGACACACUCGCUGAGACGGUAGCAGAGGUGGAGGCCAAGAAACUUGGCGAAACACUAGGCGAUGUGGAGGCUGAAACGCUCUUGGACACACUGGCUGACAAGCUGGCAGAGGUGGAGGCCGUGACACUUGGCGACAGAAUGCGCGAUGUCGAGACCGAUGCACUGGUCCACACACUGCCUGACACGCUAAGAGAGGUGGAGGCCGAGAAACUUGGCGAAACACUGGGCGAUGUGGAGGCUGAAACGCUGGGGGACACACUGGCUGACACGCUAGCAGAGGUGGAGGCCGAGACACUUGGCGACACACUAGGAGAUGUCGAGACCGAAGCACUGGUCGACAAAGUGGGUGACACGCGUGCAGAGGGGGAGGCUGAGACACUUGGCGACAAACUCGGCGAUGUCGAGACCGAAGAACUUGUCGACACACUGGCUGACACGCUAGCAGAGGUGGAGGCCGACAAACUUGGCGAACCACUGGGCGAUGUCGAAACCGAAGCACUGGUCGACACACUGGCUGACACGCUAGUAGAGAUGGAGGCCAAGAAAGUUGACGAAACACUUGGCGAUGUGGAGGCUGAAACGCUGGUGGACAAACUGGCUGACACGCUGGCAGACGUAAAGGCCGAGACACUUGGCGACACACUGGGCGAUGUCGGGACCGAAGCACUGGUGGACACACUCGCUGACACGCUAGCAAAGGUAGAGGCCGAGAAACUUGGCGAAACACUGGGCGAUGUCGAGACCGAAGCACUGGUCGACACACUGGCUGACACCCUAGCAGAGGUGGGGGCGGAGACACUUGGCGACACACUGGGCGAUGUCGAGACGGAAGGACUGGUCGACACACUGGCUGACACGCUAGCAGAGGUAGAGGCCGACAAACUUUGCGACACACUGGGCGAAGUCGAGACCGCAGCACUGGUCGACACACUGGCUGACACGGUAGCAGACGUUGAGGCCGAGAAACCUGGCGACACACUGAACGAUGUGGAGGCUGAAACGCUGGUGGACACACUGGCUGAGACGGUAGCAGAGGUGAAGGCCGAGAAACUUGGCGAAACACUAGGCGAUGUGGAGGCUGAAACGCUCUUGGACACACCGGCUGACAAGCUGGCAGAGGUGGAGGCCAUGACACUUAGCGACAGAAUGCGCGAUGUCGAGACCGAUGCACUGGUCGACACACUGCCUGACACGCUAAGAGAGGUAGAGGCCGGAAAACUUGGCGAAACACUGGGCGAUGUGGAGGCUGAAACGCUGGUGGACACACUGGCUGACACGCUAGCAGACGUUGAGGCCGAGAAACUUGGCGACACACUGAACGAUGUUGAGGCUGAAACGCUGGUGGACACACUGGCUGAGACGGUAGCAGAGGUGGAGGCCGAGAAACUUGGCGAAACACUAGCCGAUGUGGAGGCUGAAACGCUCUUGGACACACUGGCUGACAAGCUGGCAGAGGUGGAGGCCGUGACACUUGGCGACAGAAUGCGCGAUGUCGAGACCGAUGCACUGGUCCACACACUGCCUGACACGCUAAGAGAGGUGGAGGCCGAGAAACUUGGCGAAACACUUCGCGAUGUGGACACUGAAACGCUGGCGGACAAACUGGCUGACACGCUGGCAGACGUGGAGAAUGAGACACUUGGCGACACGCUGGGCGUUGUCCAGACCGAAGUACUGGUCGACACACUGGCUGACACGCUAGAAGAGGUGAAGGCCAAGAAACUUGGCGCAACACUUCGCGAUGUGGACACUGAAACGCUCUUGGACACACUGGCUGACACGCUGGCAGAGGAUGAGGCCGUGACACUUGGCGACACAAUGCGGGAUGUCGAGACCAAUGCACUGUUCGACACACUUACUGACACGCUAGCAGAGGUGGAGGUCGAGGUACUUGGCGACACACUGGGCGAUGUCGAGACCGAAGCACUGGUUGACACACUGGCUGACACGGUAGCAGAGGUGGAGGGCGAGAAACUUGGCGACACACUUGGCGAUGUGGACGCUGAAACGCUCUUGGACACACUGGCUGACACGCUGGCAUAGGUGGAGGCCAUAACACUUGGCGACAGAAUCCGCGAUGUCGAGACCGAUGGACUGGUCGACACACUGCUUGACACGCUAGCAGAGGUGGAGGCCGAGAAACUUGUCGAAACACUGGGCAAUGUGGAGGCUGAAACGCUGGUAAACACACUGGCUAACACGCUAGCAGAGGUGAAAACCGAGACACUUGGCGACACACUAAGAGAUGUCGAGACCGAAGCACUGGUCGACAAAGUGGGUGACACGCGUGCAGAGGUGGAGGCCGAGACACUUGGCGACACACUGAGCGAUGUUGAGACAGAAACACUGGUCGACACACUGGCUGACACACUAGAUGAGGUAGAGACCGACAAACGUUGCGACACACUGGGCGAUAUGGACGCUGAAACGCUCUUGGACACACUGGCUGAUACGCUGGCAGAGGUUAAAGCCGUGACACUUGGCGACACAAUGCGGGAUAUCGAGACCAAUGCACUGGUCGACGCACUGACUGACACGCUAGCAGAGGUGGAGGCCGAGAAACCUUGCGAAACACUGGGCGAUGUGGAAGCUGAAACGCUGGUGGACACACUGGCUGACACGCUAGCAGAGGUGGAGGCCGAAAAACUUGGCGACACACUGGGAGAUGUCGAAACCGAAGCACUUGUCGACACACUGGCUGACACGCUAGCUGAAGUGGAAGCCGAGUAAUUUGGCGAAAUACUGGGCGAUGUCGAGACCGAAGCACUGGUUGACACACUGGCUGAUACGGUAGCAGGGGUGGAGGCCGAGAAACUUGGCGACCCAGUGGGCGAUGUCGAGACCGAAGCACUGGUCGACACACUGGCUGACAAGGUAGCAUAGGAGGAGGCCGAGAAACUUGGCGAAACACUAGGUGAUGUGGAGGCCGAAACGCUGGAGGACACGCUGGCUGAAAGGCUGGCAGAGGUGGAGGUCGAGACACCUGGCGAAAAACUGGGAGAUGUCGAGACCGAAGCACUGGUCGAAACACUGGCUGACACGCUAGCAGAGGUGGAGGCCGACAAACUUGGCGAAACACUGGGCGAUGAAGAUGCUGAAACGCUGGUGGACAGACUGGCUGACACGCUGCCAGACGUGGAGGCCGAGACACUUGGCGACAGACUCGGCGAUGUCGUGACUGAAGGACUGGUCGACACACUGGCUGACACGCUAGCAGAGGUGGAGGCCGAGACACUUGGCGACGUACUGAGCGAUGUCGAGACCGAAGCACUUCUCGACACACUGGCUGACACGCUAGCAAAGGUGAAGGCGGAGAAAAUUGAUAAAACAGUGGGCGAGGUGGAGGCUGAAACGCUGGUGGACACACUGGCAGACACGCUGGCAGAGGUGGAGGCCGAGACGGUUUGAGAUACACUAGGAGAUGUCGAGACCGAAGCACUGGUUGACACACUGGGUGAAACGCUAGGAAAGUUGGAGGCUGAGACACUUGGUGACAAACUCUGCGAUGUCGAGACCGAAACACUGGUCGAAACACUGGCUGACACGCUAGCAGAGGUGGAGGCGGAGAAACUUGAUGAAACAGUGGGCGAUGUUAAGGCUGAAACGCUGGUGGACACACUGGCUGACACGCUGGCAGAGGUGGAGGCCGAGACCCUUUGAAACACACUAGGAGAUGUCGAGACCGAAGCACUGGUUGACACACUGGGUGACACGCUAGCAAAGGUGAAGGCUGAGACUCUUGGCGACAAACUCGGCGAUGUCGAGACCGAAACACUGGUUGACACACUGGCUGACACGAUACCAGAUGUAGAGGCGGAAAAACUUUGUGACACACUGGGCGAUGUCGAGACCGAGGGACUGGUCGACACACUGGCUGACACGCUAGCAGAGGUGGAGGCCGAAAAACUUGGCGAAACACUUGGCGAUGUGGACGCUAAAACGCUCUUGGACACACUGGCUGACACGCUGGCAGAGGUUGAGGCCGUGACACUUGGCGACACAAUGCGGGAUCUCGAGACCAAUGCACUUGUCGACACACUGACUGACACGCCAGCAGAGGUAAAGGCCGAGAAACUUGGCGAAACACUGGGCGAUGUGGAGUCUAAAACGCUGGUGGACACACUGGCUGAAACGCUAGCAGUGGUGGAGGCCGAGACACUUGGCGACACACUAGGAGAUGUCGAGACCGAAGCACUGGUCAACAAAGUAGGUGACACGCUUGCAGAGGUUGAGGCUGAGACACUUGGCGAAAAACUCGGCGAUGUCGAGACCAAAGCACUUGUCGACACACUGGCUGACACGCUAGCUGAAGUGGAAGCCGAGUAACUUGGCGAAAUGGUGGGCGAUCUCGAGACCAAAACACUGGUCGACACACUGGCUGACACGGUAGCAAAGGUGAAGGCCGAGAAACUUGGCGACACACUGGGCGAUGUCGAGACCGAAGCACUGGUCGACAGACUGGCUGACACGCUAGCAGAGGUAGAGGGCGAGAAACUUGGCGACAUACUGAGCGAUGUCGAGACAGAAGCACUUGUCGACACACUGGCUGACACGGUAGCAGAGGUGGAGGCGGAGAAACUUGAUAAAACAGUGGGCGAUGUUAAGGCUGAAACGCUGGUGGACACACUGGCUGACACGCUGGCAGAGGUGGAGGCCGUGACACUUGGCGACAGAAUGCGCGAUGUCGAGAGGGAUGCACUGGUCGACACACUGCCUGACACGCUACCAGAGGUAGAGGCCGAGAAACUUGGCGACACACUAGGAGAUGUUGAGACCGACGCACUGGUCGACACACUGGCUGACACACUAGCAGAGGUGGAGGCCGAGAAACUUGGCGAAACACUGGGGGAUGUGGAGGCUGAAACGCUGGUGGACACAUUUGCUAACACGCUAGCAGAGGUGGAAACCAAGACAAUUGGCGACACACUAAGAGAUGUCGAGACCGAAGCACUGGUCGACAAAGUGGGUGACACGCUUGCAGAGGUGGAGGCUGAGACACCUGGGGACAAACUCGGCGAUGUCGAGACGGAAGCACUUGUCGACACACUGGCUGACACGCUAGCAGAGGUGGAGGCCGAGACACUUGGCGACACACUAGGAGAUGUCGAGAAGGAAGCACUUCUCGACACACUGGCUGACACGCUAGCUGAAGUGGAAGCCGAGUAAGUUGGCGAAAUACUGUGCGAUGUCGAGACCGAAGAACUGGUCGACACACUGACUGACAUGGUAGCAGAGGUGGAGGCCGAGAAACUUGGCGAAACACUAGGCGAAGUGGAGGCUGAAACGCUAAAGGACACGCUGGCUGACAGGCUGGCAGAGGUGGAGGUCGAGACACCUGGCGACACACUGGCAGAUGUCGAGUCCGAAGCACUGGUCGACACACCGACUGACACGGUAGCAGAGGUGGAGGCCGACAAACUUGGGAAAACACUGGGCGAUGAAGAUGCUGAAACGCUGGUGGACAGACUGGCUGACACGCUGGCUGACGUGGAGGCCAAGACACUUGGCGACACACUGGGCGAUGUUGUGACCGAAGAACUGGUCGACACACUGGCUGACACGCGAGCAGAGGUGGAGGCCGAGACACUUGGCGACAUACUGAGCGAUGUCGAGACCGAAGCACUUGUCGACACACUGGCUGACACGAUAGCAGAGGUGGAGGCGGAGAAACUUGAUGAAACAGUAAGCGAUGUUAAGGCUGAAAGGCUGGUGGACACCCUGGGUGACACGCUGGCAGAGGCGGAGGCCGACACGCUUUGCAACACACUAGGAGAUGUUGGGACCGAAGCACUGGUUGACACACUGGGUGACACGCUAGCAAAGGUAGCGGCUGAGACACUUGGCGUCAAACUCGGCGAUGUCAAGACCGAAACACUGGUUGACACACUGGCUGACACGUUAGCAAAGGAAGAGGCGGAAAAACUUUGUGACACACUGGGCGAUGUCGACACCGAAGUACUGGUCAACACACUGGCUGACAUGGUAGCAGAGGUAGAGGCCGACAAACUUGGCGAAACACUGGGCGACGUAGAUGCUGAAACGCUGGUGGACACACUGGCUGACACGCUGGCAGACGUGGAGGCCGAGACACUUGGCGACACACUGGGCGAUGUCGAAACCGAAGCACUGGUCGCCACACUGGCUGACACGCUAGCAGAGGUGGAAGCCGACAAACUUGGCGAAACAGUUGGCGAUGUGGAGUCUAAAACGCUGGUGGACACACUGGCUGACACGCUAGCAGAGGAGGACGCCGAGACACUUGGCGACACACUAGGAGAUAUCGAGACCGAAGCACUGGUCGACAAAGUAGGUGACACGCUUGCAGAGGUUGAGGCUGAGACACUUGGCGACAAACUCGGCGAUGUCGAGACCGAAGCACUUGUCGACACACUGGCUGAUAUGCUAGCUGAAGUGAAAGCCGAGUAACUUGGCGAAAUACUGGGCGAUGUCGAGAGCGAAGCACUGGUUGACACACUGGCUGAAACGGUGGGAGAGGUGGAGGCCGACAAACUUGGCGAAACACUAGGCGAUGUGGAGGCUGAAACGCUGGAGGACACGCUGGCUGAAUGGCUCGCAGAAGUGGAGGCCGAGACAGCUGGCGACACACUGGGAGAUGUCGAGACCGAAGCACUGGUCGACACACUGGCUGACACGCUAGCAGAGGUGGAGGCCGAGAAACUUGGCGAAACUCUUGGCGAUGUGGACGCUGAAACGCUCUUGGACACACUGGCUGACACGCUGGCAGACGGUGAGGCCGUGACACUUGGCGACACAAUCCGGGAUGUUGAGACCAAUGCACUGGUCGACACACUGACUGACACGCUAGCAGAUGUGGAGGCCAAGAAACUUGGCGACACACUAGGAGAUGUCGAAACCGCAGCACUUGUCAACACACUGGCUGACACGCUAGCAUAGGUGGAGGCGGAGAAACUUGAUAAAACAGUGGGCGAUGUGGAGGCUGAAACGCUGGUGGACACACUGGCUGAUACGCUGGCAAAAGUGGAGGCCGAGAUGCUUUGCGACACACUAGGAGAUGUCGAGACCGAAGCACUGGUCGACACACUGGCUGACAGGCUAGCAGAGGUGGAGGCCGAGACACUUGGCGACACACUGAGCGAUGUCGAGACCGAAACACUGGUCGACACACUGGCUGACACGCUAGAUGAGGUAGAGACCAACAAACUUUGCGACACACUGGGCGAUGUCGAGACCGAAGCACUGGUCGACACACUGGCUGACACGGUAGCAGAGGUGGAGGCCGACAAACUAGGCGAAACACUGGGCGAUGUAGAUGGUGAAACGCUCGUGGACACACUGGCUGACACGCUGGCAGACGUGGAGGGAGAGAAACUAGGCGAAACACUUGGCGAUGUGGACGCUGAAACGCUCUUGGACACACUGGCUGACACGUUGGCAGAGGUGGAGGCUGUGACACUUGGCGACAGAAUGCGCGAGGUCGAGACGGAUGCACUGGUCGACACACUGCUUGACACGCUAGCAGAGGUGGAGGCCAAGAAACUUGGCGACACACUAGGAGAGGUCGAGACAGAAACACUGGUCGACACACUGGCUGACACGGUAGCAGAGGUGAAGGCCGAGAAACUUGGCGACACACUGGGCGAUGUCCAGACCGAAGCACUGGUCGACACACUCGCUGACACGCUAGCAGAGGUGGAAGCAAAGAAACUUCGUGAAACACUAGGCGAUGUGGAGGCUAAAACGCUGGAGGACACGCUGGGUGACAGGCUGGCAGAGGUGGAGGUGGAGACCCCUGGCGACACACUGAGAGAUGUCGAGACCGAAGCACUGGUCGACACACUGGCUGACACGCGAGCCGAGGUGGAGGCCGACAAACUUGGGAAAACAUUGGGCGAUAAAGAUGCUGAAACGCUGGUGGACAGACUGGCUGAAACGCUGACAGACGUGGAGGCCGAGACACUUGGCGACACACUGAGUGAUGUCGUGACCAAAGCACUGGUCGCCUCACUGGCUGACACGCUAGCAGAGGUGGAGGCGGAGAAACUUGCCAAAACACUGGACGAUGUGGAGGCUGAAACGCUGGUGGACACACUGGCUGACACGCUGGCAGAGGUGGAGACCGAGACGCUUUGCGACACACUAGGAGAUGUCGAGACCGAAGCACUGGUUGACACACUGGGUGACACGCUAGCAAAGGUGGAGGCUGAGACACUUGGCGACAAACUCGGCGAUGUCGAGACCGAAGCACUAGUGGACACACUUUCUGACACGCUAGUAGAGGUUGAGGCCGAGACACUUGGCGACACACUGGGCGAUGUCGAGACCAAAGCACUGGUCGACACACUGGCUGACACGCUAGCAGAGGUGGAGGGGGAGAAACUUGUCGACACAAUUGGCCAUGUUGACGCUGAAACGCUCUUGGACACUCUGGCUGACACGCUGGCAGAGGUGGAGGCCGAGAAAUUUGGCGAAACACUGGGCAAUGUGGAGUCUGAGACCCUGGUGGACACACUGGCUGACACACUAGCAGAGGUGGAGGCCGAGACACUUGGCGACACAUUAGGAGAUGUCGAGACCGAAGCACUGGUCGACAAAGUAGGUGACACGCUUCCAGAGGUUGAGGGUGAGACACUUGGCGACAAACUCGGCGAUGUCGAGACCGAAGCACUUGUCGACACACUGGCUGACAAACUAGCUGAAGUUAAAGCCGAGUAACUUGGCGAAAUACUGGGCGAUGUCGAGACCGAAGCACUGGUGGACACACUGGUUGACACGGUAGCAGAGGUGGAGGCGGAGAAACUUGGCGAAACACUAGGCGAUGUGGAGGUUGAAAUGCUGGAGGAAACGCUGGCUGACAGGCUGGCAGAGGUGGAGGUUGAGACACCUGGCGACACACUGGCAGAUGUCGAGACCGAAGCACUAGUCGACACACUCGCUGACACGGUAGCAGAGGUGGAGGCCGACAAACUUGGCGAAACACUGGGCGAUGAAGAUGCUGAAACGCUGGUGGACACACUGGCUGACACGCUAGCAGAGGUGGAGGCCGCGACACUUGGCGACAUACUGAGCGAUGUCGAGACCGAAGCACUUGUCGACACACUGGCUGACACGCUAGCAGAGGUGGAGGCGGAGAAAGUUGAUGAAACGCUGGGCGAUGUGGAGGUUGAAACGCUGUUGGACACACUGGCUGACAGGCUGGCAUAGGUGGAGGCCGAGACGCUUUGCGAGACACUAGGAGAUGUCAAGACCGAAGCACUGGUUGACACACUGGGAGACACGCUAGCAAAGGUGGAGGCUGAGACACUUGGCGACAAACUCGGCGAUGUCGAGACCGAAGCACUAGUGGACACACUUUCUGACACGCUAGUAGAGGUUGAGGCCGAGACACUUGGCGACACACUGGGCGAUGUCGAGACCAAAGCACUGGUCGACACACUGGCUGACACGCUAGCAGAGGUGGAGGGGGAGAAACUUGUCGACACAAUUGGCCAUGUUGACGCUGAAACGCUCUUGGACACUCUGGCUGACACGCUGGCAGAGGUGGAGGCCGAGACACUUGGCGAUACACUGGGCGAUGUCAAGACCGAAGCACUGGUCGACACACUUUCUGACAGGCUAUUAGAGGUGGAGGCCGAGAAACUUGGCGAAACACUUGGCGAUGUGGAGGCUGAAACGCUGGUGGACACACUGGCUGACACGCUAGCAGCGGUGGAGGCCGAGACACUUGACGACACACUAGGAGAUGUCGAGACUGAAGCACUGGUCGACAAAGUGGGUGACACGCUUGCAGAGGUGGAGGCUGAGACACUUGGCGACAAACUCGGCGAUGCCGAGACCGAAGCACUUGUCGACACACUGGCUGACACGCUAGCUGAGGUGGAGGCCGAGUAACUUGGCGAAACACUGCGCGAUGUCGAUACCGAAGCACUGGUCGACACACUGGCUGACAGGCUAGCAGAGGUGGAGACCGAGACACUUGGCGACACAGUGGGCGAUGUCGAGCCCGAAACACUGGUCGACACACCAGCUGACACGGUAGCAGAGGUGGAGGCCGAGACACUUGGCGACACAGUGGGCGAUGUCGAGCCCGAAACACUGGUCGACACACCAGCUGACACGGUAGCAGAGGUGGAGGCCGAGAAACUUGGCGAAACACUGGACGAUGUGGAAGCUGAAACGCUGGUGGACACACUGGCUGACACGCUGGCAGAGGUGGAGACCGAGACGCUUUGCGACAAACUAGAAGAUGUCGAGACCGAAGCACUUGUUGACACACUGGGUGACACGCUAGCAAAGGUGGAGGCUGAGACACUUGGCGACAAACUCGGCGAUGUCGAGACCGAAGCACUAGUAAACACACUGUCUGACACGCUAGUAGAGGUGGAGGCCGAGACACUUGGCGACACACUAGGCGAAGUCGAGACCGAAGCACUGGUCGACACACUGGCUGACACGCUACCAGAGGUGGAGGGCGAGAAACUUGGCGACACAAUUGGCGAUGUUAACGCUGAAACGCUCUUGGACGCACUGGCUGACACGCUGGAAGAGGUGGAGGCCGAGAAACUUGGCAAAACACUGGGCAAUGUGGAGUCUGAGACGCUGGUGGACACACUGGCUGACACACUAGCAAAGGUGGAGGCCGAGACACUGGGCGAAACACUAGGAGAUGUCGAGACCGAAGCACUGGUCGACAAAGUAGGUGACACGCUUCCAGAGGUUGAGGGUGAGACACUUGGCGACAAACUCGGCGAUGUCGAGACCGAAGCACUUGUCGACACACUGGCUGACACACUAGCUGAAGUGGAAGCCGAGUAACUUGGCGAAAUACUGGGCGAUGUCGAGACCGAAGCACUGGUGGACACACUGGCUGACACGGUAGCAGAGGUGGAGGCCGAAAAACUUAGCGACACACUGGGCGAUGUCGAGACCGAAGCACUGGUCGACACACUGGCUGAGAGGCUAGCAGAGGUGGAGGUCGAGACACCUGGCGACACACUGGGAGAUGUCGAGACCGAAGCACUAGUCGAAACACUGGCUGACACGGUAGCAGAGGUGGAGGCCGACAAACUUGGCGAAACACUGGGCGAUGAAGAUGCUGAAACGCUGGUAGACAGACUGGCUGACACGCUAGCAGACGUGGAGGCCGAGACACUUGGCGACACACUGGGCGAUGUCGUGACCGAAGCACUGGUCGACACACUGGCUGACACGCUAGCAGAGGUGGAGGCCGAGACACUUGGCGACAUACUGAGCGAUGUCGAGACCGAAGCACUUGUCGACACACUGGCUGACACGCUAGCAGAGGUGGAGGCGGAGAAACUUGACGAAACGCUGGGCGAUGUGGAGGUUGAAACGCUGUUGGACACACUGGCUGACACUCUGGCAGAGGUGGAGGCCGAGACGCUUUGCGAGACACUAGGAGAUGUCAAGACCGAAGCACUGGUUGACACACUGGGUGACACGCUAGCAAAGGUGGAGGCUGAGACACUUGGCGACAAACUCGGCGAUGUCGAGACCGAAGUACUGGUCGACACACUGGCUGACACGCUAGCAGAGGUAGAGGCGGAAAAACUUUGCGACACACUGGGCGAUGUCGAGACCGAAGUACUGGUCGACACACUGGCAGACAUGGUAGCAGAGGUGGAGGCCGACAAACUUGGCGAAACACUGGGCGAUGUAGAUGCUGAAACGGUGGUGGACACACUGGCUGACACGCUGGCAGAAGUGGAGGCCGAGACACUUGGCGAUACGCUGGGCGAUGUCGAGACCGAAGCACUGGUCGACACACUUGCUGAAAGGCUAGCAAAGGUGGAGGCUGAGACACUUGGCGAAACCCUAGGAGAUGUCGAGACCGAAGCACUGGUCGACAAAGUAGGUGACACGCUUCCAGAGGUUGAGGGUGAGACACUUGGCGACAAACUCGGCGAUGUUGAGACCGAAGGACUUGUCGACACACUGGCUGACACACUAGCUGAAGUGGAAGCCGAGUAACUUGGCGAAAUACUGGGCGAUGUCGAGACCGAAGAACUGGUGGACACACUGGCUGACACGGUAGCAGAGGUCGAAGCCGAGAAACUUGGCGAAACACUAGGCGAUGUGGAGGUUGAAAUGCUGGAGGAAACGCUGGCUGAGAGGCUGGCAGAGGUGGAGGUUGAGACACCUGGCGACACACUGGGAGAUGUUGAGACCAAAGCACUAGUCGACACACUCGCUGAUACGGUAGCAGAGGUGGAGGCCGACAAACUUGGCAAAACACUGGGCGAUGAAGAUGCUGAAACGCUGGUGGACAGACUGGCUGACACGCUAGCAGAGGUGGAGGCCGCGACACUUGGCGACAUAGUGAGCGAUGUCGAGACCGAAGCACUUGUCGACACACUGGCUGACACGUUAGCAGAGGUGGAGGCGGAGAAACUUGAUGAAACGCUGGGCGAUGUGGAGGUUGAAACGCUGUUGGACACACUGGCUGACACGCUAGCAGAGGUGGAGGCCGAGACGCUUCGCGAGACACUAGGAGAUGUCAAGACCGAAGCACUGGUUGACACAAUGGGUGACACGCUAGCAAAGGUGGAGGCUGAGACACUUGCCGACAAACUCGGCGAUGUCGAGACCGAAACACUGGUCGAAACACUGGCUGACACGCUAGCAGAGGUAGAGGCGGAAAAACUUUGCGACACACUGGGCGAUGUCGAGACCGAAGUACUGGUCGACACACUGGCAGACAUGGUAGCAGAGGUGGAGGCCGACAAACUUGGCGAAACACUGGGCGAUGUAGAUGCUGAAACGGUGGUGGACACACUGGCUGACACGCUGGCAGACGUGGAGGCCGAGACACUUGGCGAUACACUGGGCGAUGUCAAGACCGAAGCACUGGUCGACACACUUUCUGACAGGCUAGCAGAGGUGGAGGCCGAGAAACUUGGCGAAACACUUGGCGAUGUGGAGGCUGAAACGCUGGUGGACACACUGGCUGACACGCUAGCAGCGGUGGAGGCCGAGACACUUGGCGACACACUAGGAGAUGUCGAGACUGAAGCACUGGUCGACAAAGUCGGUGACACGCUUGGAGAGGUGGAGGCUGAGACACUUGGCGACAAACUCGGCGAUGCCGAGACCGAAGCACUUGUCGACACACUGGCUGACACGCUAGCUGAGGUGGAGGCCGAGUAACUUGGCAAAACAUUGCGCGAUGUCGAUACCGAAGCACUGGUCGACACACUGGCUGACAGGCUAGCAGAGGUGGAGGCCGAGACACUUGGCGACACAGUGGGCGAUGUCGAGCCCGAAACACUGGUCGACACACCAGCUGACACGGUAGCAGAGGUGGAGGCCGAGAAACUUGGCGAAACACUGGACGAUGUGGAAGCUGAAACGCUGGUAAACACACUGGCUGACACGCUGGCAGAGGUGGAGACCGAGACGCUUUGCGACAAACUAGAAGAUGUCGAGACCGAAGCACUUGUUGACACACUGGGUGACACGCUAGCAAAGGUGGAGGCUGAGACACUUGGCGACAAACUCGGCGAUGUCGAGACCGAAGCACUAGUAAACACACUGUCUGACACGCUAGUAGAGGUGGAGGCCGAGACACUUGGCGACACACUAGGCGAAGUCGAGACCGAAGCACUGGUCGACACACUGGCUGACACGCUACCAGAGGUGGAGGGCGAGAAACUUGGCGACACACUUGGCGAUGUUGACGCUGAAACGCUCUUGGACACACUGGCUGACACGCUGGCAUAGGUGGAGGCCGAGAAAUUUGGCGAAACACUUGGCAAUGUGGAGUCUGAGAGCCUGGUGGACACACUGGCUGACACACUAGCAGAAGUGGAGGCCGACACACUUGGCGACACACUAGGAGAUGUCGAGACCGAAGCACUAGUCGACAAAGUAGGUGACACGCUUCCAGAGGUUGAGGGUGAGACACUUGGCGACAAACUCGGCGAUGUCGAGACCGAAGCACUUGUCGACACAGUGGCUGACAAACUAGCUGAAGUGGAAGCCGAGUAACUUGGCGAAAUACUGGGCGAUGUCGAGACCGAGGCACUGGUGGACACACUGGCUGACACGGUAGCAGAGGUGGAGGCGGAGAAACUUGGCGAAACACUAGGCGAUGUGGAGGUUGAAAUGCUGGAGGAAACGCUGGCUGACAGGCUGGCAGAGGUGGAGGUUGAGACACCUGCCGACACACUGGGAGAUGUCGAGACCAAAGCACCAGUCGACACACUCGCUGACACGGUAGCAGAGGUGGAGGCCGACAAACUUGGCGAAACACUGGGC